CAUCUCGAAAUCUGCUAUUGAACAAGAUAAAUCAUGGCGCAACUUGAAGUAUUUCUUAUGCUCUUUCUCUUUUGUAAACUUUCUCCGUCCACAGCCGAUUUUGAAGGAGAUUCUUACGUUUUGGAGGCAAAGGAUAAUUUUCAUUUCGGUAGUGCAGAGGGGCAUAUUGAGGAUUCUGUUCUUGACUUUGACCUCACUUCACACCUCUCCUUCAAAUAUCAAACAAAUGAUGGACGAAACAUUUUUGUCUUUGACAAGCUUUUAAAACCAAAGACUCUCAGAACAUUUUUAAACUAUAUGACUGUAGAUCUAGGUUCCUGGCAGUUUUGGCUAUACGAACCUUACGAUGACGGCAUUGAAGAGCUAUCAGAUAACAUUCCAUGGGUAAAUCCCAUAGACUGUGUUGAAUUUUCAAAAUCUAUUAUGGGCAAAACAAUUCAGCAGGCAGUGAUGGAUGCUAUUGGCACAAAAGAUACAUACUAUCCCUACAAAGUAAGAGGGAAACUCAUGCGACGUGGAGACUUCACAAAACUUUACACUGAUGCCAAUAGAACAGAUGACGAGUUUUCUGCCAUGAUGUUCUUGAAUCCAAAAUGGAGGAAAAACGAUUACGGAGAGUUAUAUUUAUAUGAUGAUGACAUUGAAAUUGUUGCUGGAGCUGUUCCUAAGUUUGGUCGUCUGGUUGUUUGGAACAGUUCUGUUUCCUACCUUCCAAGGCCUCCAAGCAUUGCUUUCAAGAAAGGCCAGCUGCUCCUGCAUGUACAAUUUUCAAAAUCAAAGGAAAAAAUGCUGAAGAACCAUGCAGAGAUAGCUGCAUCCAAAGCCACACGUCAGGCUGCAUAUGAUGCAGGUUUCAUUGGGAGUGACAAGCUGGCACCGAAUGACAUUGACAUUCAAAAGAAUUUUGUCUCUACUUCUAAAUCACUUGAAGGAAAGGAGAUCCAUGUGUUUGAUGACCUUUUUGAAACGGAGGAUUUGGAUCAAUUGAGAGCGUUCAUUUUUAAACAUGGCACAUAUUAUUAUGAUGAUAGCGAUGAGGGUGAUAAUGACAGUGACAAUGUUCAAUGGAUCGCAGGGUUUGAGAUUGAUGCCUAUAUCAAAAGUAGAUUAUGGAACAUCAUGCGGCAGACAUUAAAGCAUAUAACAGGGAGGGACAAGUGGUUUCCUUAUGACAUCUCCUGUAACUUGAUCAGGAGUGCAGACCACACACGUAUUCACCAAGAUUGUGAACCACAUGAAGACGAAUGGACAUACCUGAUAUAUCUAACACCAAACUGGACAAAGAAUGACUAUGGAGAAACAGCUUUCUAUGAGACAAUGACCAAUGAUAAUGAGAUCAUCACUGAGGUGCGACCAAAAUAUGGAAGGGCUGUUGUCUUCCAAGGAAUUAUUCCUCAUUCAGCAAGGCCACCCAGUACAAACCAAUCACAUGCACGCCUCACCUUUGUUGCUAAAGUGUCUGUGGAUGAGUUUGUGGGUCGACACAAAGCAUUCAGAGAAGAAAUGAGGCACUACCAGGGUCUGGUAGAAACAGAGAGUAUGCUAAAUGCUAUGGAACAUGGACUAGAUUUAGACCCAGAAGUAGACGAAACCAAACCUCGCAAUGAAAAGUUGUCAGAUGACAAAGAAGCCUCAGAACCUGACGAUGAAAUGGAAGGAGAUGAAAUUAAUCUUGACGAGAUCGAAAAAGAAGAAGAAGAAGGAUUUCUACAUGAGGAACAACCAGAUCACCCAGUCCUACAAGAACUGAACGCGCGUCUGAACGCGGCUUUGCAAACAGGGGGCCUGGACCAGAUGAGAAAUCUUCACCGAGAAUUACAUGCGAGGCAUGUCGCGGCUCGACAAGAGGCUGUCAAACGGAUUACAAAUCUUAUCUGAAAUCUAAGGAAAUGUGGUGGUGUUAAUAUUGAAAUAAAAAUACUUUCAAUAUCAACGAUACAAACGUUUUUGUACAUUGAAAGGCUAAAUGAAAGAGUAGUUGUAAGUAA